AGAACAGGAGCUUCUUCUUCUUCUUCUUCUUCUCCUCCUCCUUGGCGCGGCGACGAGCGACGAGUAAGUAAGUGUGAACAGAGCAGGUUAUCACAAACCACUUCUUAAUCCAAAAUCAAACAUCUCAAGUCAUUUUGCCAUAAGUUGCCUUCAUCACUGAUGUCCAGACGUCAGUUCUCCUGCAAGAGUUAUAGCUCUGCUUUUGCUCCAGAACCCCAUCUUGGGCAAGAUCUGAAGGAAACGGGCUACCUGUCUGGCCCCAACGGGCGCCUGGGCUCAGUGGACGAGUACGAGUCUGAGGAAGAGCACCUCAUGGCUCAUCCCGAGGGACACUAUGACGAAGAUGAACAGCUUACAGCGCACUCAGAUGAUGUCAGAAUUGGCAAUAAAGACAUAACAGGGGCGGCUGAGGAAAAGAGAGAGCUGCACGGUGAUGAGUUACCAGAUUCUGCUGAAGCUAAGGCCACUAAUUCAGUUGACACAGUAGAGGUUAGUGAUGUGGAAUCUACACCUGAUUCUGUGAACAGUGUUGAAAUCAGUGAUCUUGGAGGCAGUGACGACACUGAAUCUGAGGGCAGCUGCACUAGCAAUAUGCUCCCAGAGACAGGUGAACCCCUUGAAUGCAGCACAGUGCCUGGUAACCAAGAAAGCUAUGAUUUAAGUAAGGAGAUCACUAGCUCUCAGGUCCAGCAGCACCCAGAUAAGGAAAAUGAAACUGCUGAAGAAGAUCUAGAGGUUCCUCAGGGGGCUGGGAAAGAAUUGUGCCAUGAGAGUGAUGCAGACCUUGAACACAGAUUUUUUCAAGAAAGCAGCAUCAUUGACACUGGAUACUUGCACUGCAGAGAGUCAGCUCUGGAAAAUAGGAGACCCCCUCUUGGUGCAGACCACACCAUCCUUCCUUUAUUGUUUGAAGAAUGUCCAUAUGAUGUGAUAGGUCCUCCAUGUGACCCAGAUCCACCUCAUUCAGGGAUCCCAUUCGUUCCCUCUGGAAAUUCCUGCAAAUCAGAAGACACCUGGGACAAUUUUCAGCCUUACUCAGUUAUUGAAUCAGUGCCUGCAGAUGAGGUCAAUAUAAUAAGCACUGGGAAUCCUCACAAAGGCCAGUGGACUUCAGAGGAACAAGGAACUGCAGACAUAUGCAAACUGGAGCCUUGCUAUGUCUCAUCAAAUGAUGUGGAUGAAAUAGAGGGUAGCCACGCUCACAGCAAGCAAUGUACUAUUCCUAAAUUCCUCACAGUGGAACAUCCUGAUGUUCAUUGUUUGAACACAUGUGAGGAAAUGCCCCAGUCUAAAGAUGACGACUAUGCGGAUAUUGAAGAAGCUGGCGAUUUAGACCAGCUUGAGUGCCCAUCCUCGGAGGACUAUGUGGAGAUAGGGGAUGAUGAUGAAACUGCUGAUAUAGACCCCAAGAGAAUCCAGAAGGAUUCUAAACAGACAGAAAAACCUUGUCUGCCACUUCUGAAUCAUAGAAGCUCUCAGCCCCGUUUUAGAUUGUGUGCUAUCACAGUGCCAGCUGAUAUGGACCUCAGUGGAACAGAGCACACCAACAGACUAGUGUUUGCUGAUACUUCAGAUGCCUUAGAGGAUGACAUUGAUGCUGAAGGCCACAUUGUGCCUUACUUUGAAGACUCAGAUACAGAGAGAGACAACAUCAGUGAUGAGCAUGUCUAUGAGGAAGCUGGGCUGGAGUCCGAAGGGGAGAACUUCCUUUCUCUAGGGAGGAAGAGUAUCGUGACUCGCUCACGAUCCCUUUCUGGGAAGGUACCUGGCUAUGUUCCUGAGACUGUUCCCGAGGAGCCCGGAAUUGAGUGCCAGACCCAUGACUACUACACGGUUUCCAUGGAUGAAAACCACGACCCAAGGAGAGAUGCUGAACAGGUGGACGUAAAUCGAAUGGCUCCUUCCUCGAAACCCUGGCGCUUUAAUUUGUAUCCACGGUCUUUCUCUUUGGAAGGGCGGGACAUGCCAAUGAAUGUUUACAGAGAGACUGACUGCCCCCUGGGGGAGGAAGGAAGGAUGAAGAGAAUGGAUGACACCCUUUCUUUGCCAUGUGUCAUUGGUUCAUCUGGUAGCUUUUCUCAGAGAAGUCACCAGGCCUCCAGUGGCAUGUCCACACCAACUUCUGUGGUUGACAUCCCGCCACCUUUUGAGCUGGCUUACAUCACUAAGAAGCCCAUCACCAAAAGCUCCCCAUCACUUUUGAUUGAGAAUGACCUCCCAGAGAAGCAGAAGAAGAAAAAGUCAUCCUUUAAGCGUUUUCUAGCUCUGAAGUUUAAAAGGAAGAAGGACAACAAGGUCCAUUUAGACUUGAACAGUCCUCCCUCUCGAUCUUCCUCCGAGUCCAGCCACCAUGGUCCAUUUCGGAUUAUGGACAUGGACAGAAGGAGUGUGGGUAGCUCCCCACAGUCUCAUUCUCGGUCAGGGAAACCAAAGCGCUUAUCUGAUGACUCCAUAACCACUUUCCUGUUCUACAAUGAUGGCCAAACUAGAAAGAGCAUGCCCAAGACCACUGGCAAUCGUGUGUCUCGGGUGGAGUCCUUUGAGGACCGGUCACGGCCUCCUUUCAUGCCCCUUCCACUGACCAAGCCAAGAUCAAUCUCUUUCCCCAGUGCAGAUACUUCUGACUAUGAGAAUAUCCCUGCCAUAAGCUCUGACUAUGAGAACAUACAAAUCCCACCCAGACGACCCAUUCGAAUGGGCACCUUCACGGACUUCUUUGAUGACCCCAGUAGAGCGCCCUCCAGUGCCAAUGAAAACGAUGGCUAUGUGGACAUGAGCAGCCUCACUGGGUUUGAGAGCAAAACUCAGACUCCGGACCAGGAAUCAGAAAGUGCCUACACAGAGCCGUACAAAGUAUGCCCUACAUCGGGGAUUGCAGGUGAGGUGGCAGGUGAGGAAGACCAUGGGCGGACCUCAGAGGAGGAAGAUGGGUGUGUAGACCACGGCUUUGAUAGACAUAUUGAUGGCCGAUCCAGAGCAUAUUACAUUGCGAAACAGCUUGUGGACUCAGAAAAACUGCAUGUGAGGGGACUUAGAUUGCUACAUGAGGGCUUCAGGGCAGCGGUAAGAGAGGCGCAGGAGGAAGACGGUCAGCCGGCCCUGGAAGAAGACUGUGUGAGGGAGAUCCUGAGCCAGUUGCCCGAGGUGUACCGUCUCCACUGUGACAUGGCUGCUGAGCUGGAGGACCGCAUAGCACAUUGGGAGGAGAGCCCGAGAAUCACUGACGUGAUUCUGUCACGGCGCGCAGAAUUUUCCGUCUUCACAACUUACGUGAAUCAGUACGACCGAAACAUGGCCCUGCUGGAAGAUUGCCGCAAGCGUUCGCCUGCCUUCUCCUCCAUUGUCCGCCAGUUUGAGCACCAGAGUCCUGUGGGAGGGAACGUCCCAAUGAAACACCAGCUUCUGCAGGUCAUCAUCCGUGUUCUGCAGUACCGCAUGUUGCUCACAGAUUACUUAAACAACCUCUCUCCAGAUUCACAAGAAUAUGAAGACACACAAGCUGCCUUGGUGAUCGUCUCAGACGUGGCAGAUCAGGCCAACGACAGCCUGAGGCAGGGGGAGAACCUCCUGCGCCUGGUCAACAUCGAGUACAGCGUGGGGGGCCAGAGGGACCUGCUGCGUCCAGGCAGGGUGUUUGUGAAGGAGGGCACCCUCAUGAAAGUCUCCAGGAAGAGCAGGCAGCCUCGACACUUGUUUCUGAUGAACGACCUGAUGCUCUACACCUACCCUCAGCAGGACGGAAAAUACAGACUGAAGAACACUCUCUCUUUAACUGGGAUGAGGGUGAGCAAACCUGCCAUAGAAAACGUGCAAAAUGCGCUGAAGAUUGAGGUGGCCGACAUCUGCAUCACCCUGUCGGCCAGCUCCUGUGGGGAGAGAGAGGACUGGUUCCACACGCUCAGUCGAACCGUGGCAGAGCAUGCCAGAGGACUGGGAGCCUUUGGAAGUUCCAGCAGCGAGACCAGAGAGAAGCUGUGGGUUGCCCUUGGGGAAAAAGCACCCACCCUGGUCCCCAUGUCCAGUGUGACAAUGUGCAUGAGCUGCACCACCGACUUCUCCCUUACGCUACGGCGGCACCACUGCCAAGGUUGCGGAAAGGCUGUGUGUAGGUCCUGCGCCAGGAACAAGUACCCACUCAAGUACCUGAAGGACAGGAUGGGCAAAGUGUGUGACCACUGCUAUGCCGAGCUGAAGAAGAGAGAUGGCAAUGCUGAUGGAGGACACGUCAGUCCGCAGCCCUGCAGGUCCAGCCGACCCCUGUCAGCUGUCUUUCAGAACAUCUACUCGCCCAGUCUGUGGAGGACCAGGAGGAGCAUUCCCAAUCUGAGCCAGGUGCCGGGCUCAGCCGAAGGGUCCACCAUGAGUGGCAGUUUGCAGAGGCGCAAGCGGAGCAAGAGGAACUGGAAGAAGCUCUGGUUCCUCAUCAAAGACAAGGUGCUCUACACCUUCUCAACACGAGAGGACAAGGUGGCCUCGGAAAGCCUUCCCUUGCAGGGCUUCACUGUGAAGUUGCCAGAGAAGCCGGAGGGAGACGACACAGCCAACAUUUUCCAGCUGUAUCACAGGAAGACCUUGUACUACACCUUCAGAGCAGAGGACACCCACACUGCUCACAGGUGGGUCAGUGCCAUGGAAGAGGCCACUGUCUUGUAGCAUUAGCCAGUGGACCCGAUCCCUCCUUCGCCGAGCCUGAGACGGCCCACCCUAAGACCCCCUCCACUCCACCUUUCCCAGCAGUUACCAAGCUGGCUGUCACAAGGCCCGGAUAUAAAAACAAAAAGAGGAAACGCCUUCCGCCUCUUUAGAUCCACCCGACCAGCUCUUUGAUGGAGACACGGUGCCUUUGCACACGGAUGUGCUGCAUAAAGGAGAAGCUUUGUUAAGAGGCAAACGAACACACCGAUAAUAGUUGAUCUCCAGGUCUGCAGCGGGAUACCAAGACAUGAGUGCAACCAAAAGAUCUUUGAGGUCAACGCAGUUGCUUUGUGUUGCUGCUUCUUGCAUUUAUAUUUCCAGUGGAUACUAUAGGCACUCAUCUCUGCAGAAGAGCUAUCGAACGAGUAAAAUCAGUGCUAAAAACCCAUGGACUCCAUAUAUUCCUAUUUCCUACUAACAUUUUAAACACCAUUUCGCUGUAAGCAUGGCAUUGCAGCUCAUUCCAACAUGUGUGCCAUGUGAUGCCAUGUGUCCCCUCUGUCCCCAGAGCCCCCCGAUGGGGCUCUGCUGGCCAGCGAUCUAGUCCAUCACACCUGACUGCAGCAAUUCUCCGUUAUCUGCUCACAGCCUCCAUGAGGAGACGUGUUGCGUUGUGUGUGCUGCCGCUUCCUGUCUUAGAUCUUGCAUUUGGCCAAAUAUGCUGAUGAUGAUUUUCAGAGGCUGAAUCACUUCACUUGGUUGCUCUAAGUGUCCCUGUCCCUGUCCCUGUCCCUGUAUCAGGUCAAUGACAUGAAUCACCUCAGUUGUCUCAGCACUCACGGUGUGAUAUGGUUACAACCAAACGUUGAGUCUCCAUGACUGACAGAUGAAUGAAACGAUGAUCGUUGAAUGUGUUGGACAGACACUACACUUUUCCGAUAUACCUCUGGGUAAAACCGUGGUUGUUUACCUCAGUGCUCUUCUGAUGGCUCAAAGUGGCCCAGUCUGCUGUACACACACUAGCUGUCUUUACCUUCCGAUUAGUUUUUUCACUGACCUUUCACCCCAGGACUGUUCCGGCGGCUCGCAUGUCAGCGCUGUGCUGUGCGCGCUGUCGGUGUGGACAAAUGUGCAAAGCAAGGCGCUGCUGCAAGCCCUCCUCCUCCAUUGCCAAGUUCACAUCCUCAGGCUCGCUGUCCUACUAGUUUCCGUUGCGUCGUGCUCUCCUUGUCCUGCCAGGUCACCCCUGGCUUUGGGCCGCCGUCGCGUCCCGCCAGGCUGCCUAAUGAGCGACCCGGCUGCUCACGCAGCCUCCCGCUUCUCUCUUUCUCUCUGAUGUGCUUCUCCAGAGCCUUAUGGCUCUUCUGCAUCUUUUUCCACUUGUUCGUCCAGCACUUUUUCUAGUGCCUGUCAUCAUCUAUUCACUCAGCGGACACCAAAAAAAUCCCGCGUUCAAUGAGAGAACUGGUUUUUUCCCUCUUCCAUCUCCGUAGCCGUGCUGCCACGGCGGCGGCCUUGCGGAGCGGUGCUGCGCUGGGAGAGGUAUCGCCUUCCUGAGGACACAACAGAUGUACAGUAUGUGUUUCUGCGAGACCAACAGAUAUGGGCUCGUCUCCCUGAGAGCAAAGCCGUCUCUGCGACGGAACAGGAGGUGUGAGAUCCGGCCCAAGGAACCGUGCGGCACUGAGACAUGGAGUCAAAAUGAGGAGAAGUGAAAUAAGUUGUCAAAGCAACGUGCAUCAUGAGUGAGCAGGCAUUUUCAUUGAUGUUUCAUUCAUGUAAUUUAAAUGAGGAAGAACUGAAUGUGCACUUUUUCCACUUGCUCGCUUUUCUGAAUGCAGGAUUUAUGAGCGAUUAGCGAUGAAGAUAUUACAGCUUAUUAAAGGACUAUACAUGUUGUGCAGUGUAGCGGGCAGUGGGGAAAAUGGCCUGGACUGGAGUCAUUUAUCCACGAAAAGGAUCCGUAGAGAUGCUGGCAACAUUCUCACAUCCCAUAGUUGAAAAACAACUUUACAAACAAGUCAGUGACGUUGCCAUCUAGUUGCUGCUCUAUUUAGUUCCGCAUUUAUUUGUUUUCCUCUGUUACCGAAGUCGGUCCAGUGCCUAUGUGUGGGUGUAUUUACAGUUAAGUCGUCUGGGUGUUCUAUGAAUUCUGAAAAGUAGCGAUACCUUUAAAAACAUUUCUUCUCUAAUGUCAGGCAAGAGUGAAAUGUUCAACGUAGCGCUGUAGAAUAUCGCAGUAGCCGAAUUAAGUUACUGGCCACGUGUUGCAGUCAUUAAGCUGGAAUCCUGUCGCGAGGAGCUGCCAUGUACAGCUGCCUCGCCGUCUCUUUACACUGAGCCGUUUUUUGAAAAAACUUUUCUACCUACUAUUAUCUGGAUCUUUUUAGUGGCUGGGAGGGACUGUGUGAGUAGCUAACAGUUUCGCUGUCGCUGAUCACAUCGCCUCCUUCCGUAGGCGGAACGUAUUCACAAUGAUCUUUUUCAGUAUUAUGCAACGUGCCAAAAGGCCGAAGGGUUUGUGCAGACUUCAGUCAUGGAGAGCUCAUGUGUCCUUCAUGUGCACAUUUAUUUACGAGGAACAGAAUCACUUGGGGUCUGACGCUUCUACGCUCCAUCUCUUGUGCUCUGGGUAUUUGCCAUUUAUGUUAUUACUUCUCAAAUGGCCUUUGCGCAACGUUAAUUGUAAAUAUAUAAAUAAACAUGAACGUGAACAUUCUUUUGCUUUAUUUGCACUGGCUAAAAGUAACUCCGAUAGGAAUGCAAUUUUUCUUUGCUCACAAGUUAUUAUUAACACAGGACCACCUAUGUCUGUGGUAACAUUAGCAGCUCAAUGAUUUAGCUGUCGCUGGGUUUUUACUCAUAUAAGUUAUUUUGUACAAUCUGUAAAAUCAAUGUUUUACACUGAAUGGGGGCAUAAAGUGAAAUAAACUUUUAUUUUAAAUGUGCUCUGCUGUAUUCUGCUGGCAUCCAGUUUUAUGACCGCUGUUACCGUUACGACACGUGCUCAUAGAAAUGUACCCGUACCGCUAUGUACACGACUGAUGUGUUUUGUUUGCCUCAAUUCCAGGGGAGUUUUGGCUCAGUUACCCUGGUUUGCAGCGUGUUAGACAACUGCAUCAGAAUUUGUUCUUUAGGAUGUUUAUAUAUCUCUCGUAUUGGUUUGUGUCCCUGUUUGCGUCU